CCGAGUUUUCUUCACCGUGUAAUCUCGUCUUCCCUGUUCUUCAUAAUCUAUCGACAUUACCUGAAUCUCAACAAAUUUGGAUACUGCGCCAACCAAUUUUUAAAUCUAAACUCCCUUCCAGACAGAAAACACCUACAGACGAUUGACCACCGUCUUCGCCUCCCCAUCGUUCCCGUCGUUCGUCUUCCAUCGUUGCUCACUAACUCCGUCUUUGGUUGGAUUUUGUUCGUAAGCUUUCGGCUUUUCACUGGGAGAUAAUUCAGCCACCAGGAUAGAAGGAUGUGGUAGGGUUGCUAUAAGUUAAUCUACCAUGGCAGGACUAGAGGAAUUGAAAAAGAAACUGGUACCACUAUUCGAUGCAGAAAAGGGCUUCUCUUCAGGAUCAACCAUGGAUCCUUCUGAUUCAUACAUGCUAUCAGAUGGUGGAACUGUCAACCUACUCAGUCGAUCUUAUGGAGUAUACAACAUUAAUGAACUUGGAUUACAAAAGUGCACAUCAAGAGUAACAAACGAUGUAGAUGAAAGAGAAAGGACUUAUAGAUGUGCUUCACAUGAAAUGAGAAUAUUUGGAGCCAUAGGCAGUGGUGCAAGCAGUGUAGUUCAAAGAGCUAUUCAUAUCCCGACUCACAGAAUCAUUGCAUUAAAGAAGAUCAACAUUUUUGAAAAGGAGAAAAGACAACAGCUUCUUACUGAGAUAAGAACAUUAUGUGAAGCACCAUGUUAUCAAGGUCUUGUGGAAUUUUAUGGAGCUUUUUACACUCCUGACUCUGGGCAAAUAAGCAUUGCUCUAGAGUACAUGGAUGGGGGUUCAUUAGCUGAUGUUAUAAAAAGACAAAGAUGUAUACCAGAAGCUGUUCUUUCUUUAAUGGUUCAAAAACUUUUGCAGGGACUAAGCUAUCUGCAUGGAGUUAGAUACUUGGUCCACAGAGACAUAAAGCCUGCAAAUUUGCUUGUGAAUCUCAAGGGGGAACCAAAAAUUACAGACUUUGGGAUAAGUGCUGGUUUAGAGAAUUCCAUGGCAAUGUGUGCUACAUUUGUGGGAACUGUGACCUACAUGUCACCUGAAAGAAUCAGAAAUGAAAGUUAUUCAUAUCCAGCUGAUAUCUGGAGCCUUGGUCUUGCUCUUUUUGAGUGUGGCACUGGUGAAUUUCCUUAUACAGCAAAUGAAGGACCUGUUAAUCUUAUGUUGCAGAUCCUGGAAGAUCCAUCUCCAUCACCACCAAAACACAUUUUUUCUCCAGAGUUCUGCUCAUUUAUUGAGGCUUGUCUACAGAAAGAUGCUGAUGCAAGACCAACUGCAGAGCAGCUUCUUUCACAUCCAUUUAUCACAAAAUACGAGAAUGCCAAAGUCGACUUAGCAGCAUUUGUUCGUAGCAUUUUUGAUCCAACACAAAGAAUGAAAGAUUUGGCAGAUAUGCUAGCAGUACAUUACUAUUUGCUUUUCGAUGGGUCAGAUGAACUCUGGCAAUCUGCAAAGAGCUUCUACAAUGAAUCAUCAACUUUCAGUUUCUCGGGGAAAGAAUCUACUGGGCCUGAUGAUAUUUUUAAAACUUUAUCAAAUAUUCGGAGUACAUUAGCUGGUGAAUGGCCUUCUGAAAAGCUUGUGCAUGUUGUUGAAAAGCUACAGUGUAGGGCCCACGGUGAAGAUGGAGUUGCAAUCCGUGUUUCGGGAUCAUUUAUUGUUGGAAACCAGUUUCUUAUAUGUGGAGAUGGCAUACAGGCAGAAGAUAACAGUUUAUUAUGGACCCUGGAAAUAUCAUUGGCCGAUACUCCAUUGCCAAACAAGAGCUUUACAUCAUCCAAUAAAAAAGGUGGUGAACUGAACUAUUUCUGCUAGUAGUUGGAGUUCUUUCUCUUCUUGGUUGAAUCUAUGUAUGUAUGUACAAAGUGUUUAGGAUUUGUUCCACACUAGGAGUAACUCUGUUUUUGUGUAAUGUUAAUUUGUUGUAAGUUAGUAUCAAUAUGGGAAAUGUACCCAUUUUUAUAUAUUUCUAAUAGGCUAAUACCAAUAUACUUGUGUUUCUUUAUCUAUAACACAUUAAGAAC